CACCAUUUUAAAAUUUCAAUUUCCAUAAAGUUGCAUUCCUUCUCUUCCAGAUAUUGAUAAAGUUCUAGCUGACUAGGUUCGGAUGCUAGAUACUUUCUAAAGGAGUCAAAUACUUUAUCAUUAGUAUUGAGUUGUGAUGAAUAACAUUUAUCACUAAUAGUAGUAAUAAAUUCUGUUUGACUGGUGCAAUUAUAUGCAUAUUUAUCAUAAAGACUCGAAAGAAAAUUAGAUAUCUCACUCAAGUGUUACUUUGCAACAACAGUCUUGUAAAUUUUCUCAUAGAGGAACUGCACAAAUUUAAACUUCAAGUAUGGGUGAAGAAUUCUCAGCAGUACAGCCCUGUAAAUAUCUUGAAAUUUAAAUUUUUGCUGUUUGUCUAUGAGAAAAUUUGCAAGGUUGUUGUUGCGAAGCAACACUUGAAUGAGAUAUAUCUAAUUUUCUUAUUAGUCUUUGUGUUCCUGUAACAGAAUGAGAGAUUAAGAUUGUUAUUGCAAGAGCAAAGGAAGCAGCAGCUUGGAGUAAUAAUGAAGAAAAUAGAAUCGAGAGCUUCUGUUCUUCUGAGACAAAAGGAUGAAGAGAUUGCGAGAGCCGCAAACAGAACAAUGGAGCUCCAGAAUCUGUUGAAGAAACUGGAGAUGGUGAAUCAAGCAUGGCAGAGGGUUGCACAGGAGAACGAGGCCAAUGUUGUUUCUCUCAAUAGCACGCUGGAACUGUUGUGGGAAAGUGCUUCCCUCGGCUUCAACAAUGGAGCAGAAGAUGCAGGGUCUUGCUGCGAAGUGAACAAAGAAGUGACAAAAACAGAGGAGGAAGAAGUACAGGGGAGAAAUCCAGAGACAACAAUGGUUUGUAAAUGCUGCAAUUCUCAGAAUUCAUGUGUUCUGCUUCUUCCGUGCAGACACCUAUGUUUGUGCAAAGAUUGUGAGCCUUUACUUGAUUCAUGCCCUGUUUGUAGAACAAGUAAGAUGGCCAGCAUAGAGGCAUUGAUUUUCUGGGGAGAAUAAUUUUCCGAGAAAAUUGAAGGUAGUAGUCAAAACUGGAAAAGAAAAUCUGAUGGUCAUUAUUAUGGUGCAUGGCAUGAAGUAAAACAAAACUAAUGUGCAUGGUAAUGAUUUUUUUUUUUUAUUUGUAAGUUUCUUCUACUUUUUAGGUAGUCUGGGUUUUAGAUCCACUAUGUGUACUUAGAAGUAAAAAUAAUGAAAAAUGAACAGAGGAAUUACAGGACAGGGCAUCUUUUCCUUUAUAGGGGUCAUUGCUUCACCCCUUGUAUUGGUAUAUAAUCUUGGGAGAUUGGACAUCUCAGAUUUCUCGCCCUUACCACUUCGUCAUUUGAUAGCAGUAAACAAAACUGUUCGCACGGCACUCGUGAAAAAAUGUUUAUUUUGAUUCUAGCAAUAUGGUGGGAGAUAUAGGCUUGUUUGGUGUAGUUUGUUAGAAUUUUUGUUUUCUUUGUAUCGUUUAUGAGUGUUAAUUUUA